AUGGCGAACCGUGCGAUGUCGCGAAGACCAACGAAUAAGUGGGCAAUAGACUUGACUAGUCGGUACGAUCUCGAAAUUUCACCGACUGCUCUUUUAUUUUAUUUGUUGUGUAACUUGUGAUUGUCUUUUAAGUAACAGCUUAAGCUUUUAUUGUAGACAAAUGAGAGGUUUUGUAUUUUCGUUCCCAACGUUUAUGGUAAAUUUGUUCCCCCAGACCUCGUUAUGUGCCCGAUAGACAGUUUGUUCAGCAUAGUGAGCUUCCAGCACCACUUGGGUACACAGAGCACAAAGUUCAGCAUGUGGUUUGUAUAAUUUUUUCUUUUCUUAGAAUUUUGUCGGAUUCCUGGGUAAGUUUUCAGACUCUUUGUGACAUUAUUUGGGAACUUAGAGAGUAUUGCAUUUUGUCGUGUAUACACACAACAAUACAAAUAGUGUAAGGGUUGGAUUGAAGUAAAUUUAACGGCUCAAAAACCGUAAUCAGUUAAACUGUAAACCGAUUUCUUUAUUUUGCAUGGUAGAGUUUCAUAAAAUACUAGUGCAGCAAACUCUGACAUUACUAGUGAUGUGUAUUGCGACAGAGCCCCUUUAAUUUGAAGUCUUAUUUUUGUAUUAGGAAUCACGAGAGGCAAAUAGCACUCACCUUGUGGCAAAGGUACACUUCAUAAUAUUCAUUAGGAAUUUUUAAAGAUGUUCAAAUAUGCUAUUUACAUAGGUUUAUUUUAAAGCGUGUAAGAACCAUCUUGUGAUUUUCCAAGAGUAACAUAGUUCCUCAUUUGAAGAAAUUUAGGUCAUGUUUGGGUUCCUCUUUGGAGUCUCAAAGUUCAAGAGGAAAUAAAUCUUGACAUUUCUUUUGAAUAUAUAGUUAAAAAUCAUAGAAUAGUUUCUUUAGCACAUCUUUUUUAGUUCCCUCCAGAAUUAACAACAGAUGUAAUUUUGAAUUUUUCACUUUCAGAAAUCUUGGGAUAUAGCUCUUGGACCAUUCAAGCAAGUUCCAAUGAAUCUGUUUAUUAUGUACAUGGCGGGUAAUUCUAUUUCUAUUUUCCCAAUCAUGAUGGUGGGUAUGAUGUUCCUGAGGCCAGUCAAAGCUCUCCUAGCCAUCAAAUCAAGUAAGUACUCUUUGGCUCUGUUGGGACAAUUUAAAAACAAAAAGGAUUAUUAUUGGUAGCGAUGGCUGAAGUUUAGCCUUACCUCAUUAAUUUGUUUUAUUUUGUUAUUUUUUCAGCUUUUGUAUCUCUUGAAGGAGAACAUGACCAUGUUGCUCUUCAAAAAUUUUUCUAUCUUCUUGGAAACCUUUCUCUUGUUGCACUGGCGCUUUACAAAUGUCACUCCAUGGGACUCUUACCAACUGCCACAUCAGACUGGUUGGCUUUCAUGGCACACAAGACUGUGAGUUUGUUUCUUUCUAAUCACUUUAUUGUUGGAUACAGAAAACCAUGUACUAGAGAGAAGACUUUUUCGUAUCCUGAGUGUGUUAAAAGUACAGCAAUUUGCUAUCUUGUGGAAUUGUUACAUCAUUAUUGAAACCAAAUAUUUAUUCAGUUGAUGCCUUGUAUGGGAGUAAGAGAGCACUUUCUCCUGUUUUUGUGACACCUUUUAACUGCCAUGUAUAGGUAGUUUGUCAAGUUGCUGUCUGAAUUUUUACUCUUUUAAAAUGUGUUUUUGCAAUGUUACUUCAAACUCCUUGUUUACUACAACAUAAGUGAGUUAAUUUUCUCUAUACAAUUAUUCAUGUAUAAAUAUUAUUAUAUUAUCAUUGUUGUUUUUCAGAGAGUUGAGUACAGCGGAGGAGGUUUCAUUCUUUAGCAUCAGAGAAAGUUAUUUGUUGUCACAAAAGUAGCACUCCAGGCUGGCUUCUUUUGUUUACAUUUUUUCUAACCCUUUAACUUCCAAGAUCUCAUUAGUAAUUCUCCCUAUUGUCAGCUAUAUAGUUCUCAUGAUGUUAGUUUGGAGAAUUUGGUAUUGAAUCAACUAAUAAUAAUCCACUAAUGAAUAUUUUCCUUUAUUCUCAUUACUUGUCUGCUUGAUAUUGUAUUGAUAUUGUAAGGAGAAAUUCUGUCUUGGUCACUCAUGGGAGUUAAAGGGUUAAAACAAAAACUGAUGAUGUACUACAAGUAAAUUAAUCUGUGAAAUGAUGUGUACAUGAUAUAGCUUUCAGAUGAGUCAUACCCUGUAGAAUUUUAUUCCCUCUCUCUAAACUAACCCUUAACAUAAGGGAAAACUGUAAACCUCCAGACUUGUGUACCCUGUACAGGUGUGAGCUGGCAUUUUGUUCAGGACUUCCCUUGGAAACACAAGUACAACUGUUUGUGCAACAGACCUACGAAAAAGGGAAGUUUAGAGCUGUACAAAGUGUCCUAUUGGUUCGAAUGUGACACAAAAUUAACAGUACAAAGAAGAACAAUGAUUUUUUUUUUGUGUUUAAACUGCAAAUUUAUGUUGUAGACUUUAGGACCCAAGCUGGUAGAAGCUUUUCUGCUAUUUCUUAUGCCUUUUCCUGUGUAUAACCUCCAUGGUGAUCUCAGUAUGAAUGUUAUAACAAACAUGUAAUAGAGUUAAAGAAAGCAGAGGUUACAAUCACAUGCAGAGUACUUUGUUCCCUCAUGAAGUAAUGUUUAAGUACAAUUGAAAGCAAUGAUAUUAAUGAUAAAUCUUGUGUAGAUUGUAUUUGAAAUAAAUUGAAGAGAUAAAUUAUCAAUUGACAUGACAUACAUUUCUUUUUGGGGAUUAGAAGAGAACAGAAAUGCUGCUAUUUAACACCACACUUUCGCAAAACGAUCAAAUAAUUUGUUAAAUAGAUUUUUUUCUGGAGAUCUGGCUGACUAUCCCACAAUAGUGAGAUUUUCAAAUUAUUAGUUAUUUUCAUCCCAAGGUGAAAGUUGUGAGGAAUCCUUGCAUGUUAUUGGAUAAGACACUUUCCUAUCACUCCCAAUGCCUC